AUGACCGACACCGACAAGAACGUCAAGACUGUUGUCGUCGAGGAGACCAAGAAUACUGUCGCCGAGGUGAAAGACGAUAAGCCUGCCGACUCGACCGCCGAGGAGAACGCGGGGAAGCCCGAGAAGACCGACGAGCACGCCUCCACUGCCGAGCAGCCUACGAACGACACUGAGGAGGAAGGCGAUGAGGAUGACACACCUUCCUCGUCCGCUUCCACCGACGCUCCCAGCACUCCGACUGCCGACGUGUCGCGCAGCUCCGCGCUCAAGGCCGUCGAGCCUCCCGAGCCCGUCAAGACUCCUACUCCUCUGUCGCCUCGCGCUGAGCCCUUCGCUCCUGCCCCCAAGCUCGAGGACCUCAUCGCCCAGGCGGUCAAGGCCCACGCUCAGCCGAAGAAGAAGGAAGACGACGCUCCUGCCAGUGACAAGGGCAAGCAGCCUGAAGCGCAGACCACGACUCAGAAGGCACCGCCCGUCACUCCCAAGACCCAGAAGCACAUCAACAUCCCACCCUCCAAGGGUGCGCACUCUGUCGCCGCCAAGGUCGAGGCGGCCGUCAAGGCUGGUGCCAGCGUCAUCCCCACUGUCCUCCAGGUUUCGGGCAUGCACUGGUUCACGUCGGACGCUGACCUCAUCGAGGCUGCCACUGCCGCCGGUGUCGAGGUCACCUUCAAGGACGUCACCUUCCUCGAGCACAAGUGCAACGGCAAGAGCAAAGGAGAGUUCCAAGGCAAGAAGGUCACGACCAGCAUCUCGUCCAACGUCAAUGGCAAGCCUCCCAUCCCUCCUCCCACGCACGACAAGGAUAACGGUGGUCUCGGCUUCCGCCCAGCUAAUAUGGGUAAGUCUGUUGUGAACUCAAUGUUAACGGCAGAAGAAUUGCCCUCGCGUCAGCCACUCCCCUUCCUCCCCACCAACUCGCACGGUGGCGUCAACUUCAACCGCGUCCCUCUGCACCACCGCCAGCAAAUGCAGCAGAUGCAGCAGGCUGGCUUCCUCAACCCUGUCAACUCUUAUGCCAAAACUGGCAAGGCGCAGAAUGCGAACCAGAACUACGCCGACUUAGUCCGCAAGCGCGUCAUGGAACCCCACCUAUUACGUCGCGCCCGAGCAGAUGUGGGCUACCUCUGA